AUCCCUCAUCACUACUCUCAUCUCUCAUCCAACACAUCCACCAUCGCACCCACCACCAUGUCGAGGCCACUCACCGGCCCCUCCCCACUAUCCGGCCCCUCGCCUCGCGCCGGCCCCUCCCCCCGCGCAGGUCCCAGUCCACUGGCCGGCCCCUCCCCACGCCCUCUCUCUGGUCCUUCGCCCCGCCCCGGGCCGGGCCCAAGCCCCAUCGCGCGCGCCCGAGGCCUCCCCACAUCCACGCCAACACGACAGGCCUCGACGCUGCCAGGCGGCUCUCCCAGCGUGCCGAGCAAGCGCAGCGCCAGCAUCUCGGCGGGCCCAAGUCAAGGCAGGGAGAAGAAGGCCAAGCUUGCACCGGGCAAUGCGUGGAUCGUGGGCCAGGUCGCGGCUAUGCAGGCUCAGUACAAGGACGCACUCGUCGCCGCUACAAUGAUCAUGCAAUACCAAGCGGACGCCAAGGCAAUCGGAUACAAGAGCCGGCCACCUGCACGACUACACAUGCGCUUUACGGCCGCAUGGCGCAACUAUGAUGCGAUACGGCGGCAUGUCGAGUGGUUCAUUUCCCAAAACAUUGAGUACGCGGCAGCGCCAGACAAGUUUGCGGCGCGCCGUCCGCCCCCACUUGCCCCGCCUCUCAUGCCGACGCCGUCGCCGGCCAGCGCCGUGCCGGCGCACCUACAGAGCACCCCUGCAGCCGCCUCGCCUGUGCCCCUCUCAUCUGGCUUCCUGUCCAAGCCAGACCCGCCUGUUGGCGGCGGCAUGGGCGUUGGCAUGGGCGUGGGCGUGGGCAUGGGCGUGGGCGUGGGCGUCGGUGCGGGUGUCGGCGUUGGCGUCGGAGUGGGCGUAGACAACCUCUUCGACGGCAUGAGCAUGGACGAACUCGACGCCUUCAUCGGCGGCGGCGAUUUCGCGCCGCCUCCGCCUCCGCAGGCAGACGCAGACGACGCAAUGACGCCGACAUCCAAGCUCUUUGCAUCCUUCAACGCCUCCAACUCGCCCAAGCCCUCGCCGUCGCAGCAGCCCGCUCCGCCCGCGCCAGCACCCGCGUCCGCGCCAGCGCAGGAGGACUUCAGCUUCGCCGGCAUGAACUUGGAAGACAUGGACCUGUCGGCGUUCGAGACGCUGUUUGACAGCGAUGGGGCGGGCGCCGGUGACGCAGGCAACGGCGCGGACGGGGGCGGCACCGCGCAGACUAAUCCCGCACCGGACUCGUCGUCGUUCUUCGAGGCCUUCCUCAACUCGGGCGACGACACCGCCCCUCCCCAACAGCCACCACAGCCUACCCAGUCCGCUCCCCAGCCUGCACCGGCACCGGCACCGGCCUUGCCUGAGCCUCCAGCGCCUCCUCAGCCACCUCAGCUGCCCCCGCAGCCUAUCCAGCCCGCCCAGCCUCCACAGCCGCCCGCACAGCCCGAGCCGCCGGUCGCGCCAUCAGUGCCGCCGCCUGCGCCGCUGCCCGAGCCCGACAUGCAGGACACGUACGACGGAGGCGAGUUUGGUGAGAUUGACUUUGACGCCUUCAACUUCGACGAUAUGCCUGGUGUUGACGGGGACGAGUUCGCCUCGCUCCUCGCCGAGUUCAAGUAGCAGGAGAUUGAUCUGUAGACUCGUUAUUUUUUUGCCUCUAAUGCUUCACUCAACGCUCUGCCAUAUGCACAGCACAUGUAUUACCUCUACGCUACAAUAAUGUACACAUUAUCCUAUG